GUAUAGUUAUGCAGCACUACACAUUGACAAUUAAAAAGUUUUCACUAAAGGCAGGAUGGAGGUUGCGCAAUUUGUUCGAGAACUGGUUGUUGCAACUGUGUUUUGGCUGCUUUUCAUCGAGUCGAUGAUAUUUUACAGGAGCACCUUGUUUAACGAGAUCCACGAACUAAUAUUUAAACCCUACAAGGAGGAACUAAAAGACUAUAAUAUUGGAGUUCGAAGUCAGCAUUGGGACGAUGAUACGGUAGCUCGGCAGCUUGAGGACAAUGUCCGGGUACAUUGUCUCGUGUACUUAAAGCCUUCGGAUCAAAAGUUGGGCUUCUUGAAAGUUAAACAUAUACAAAAUUCCUGGGCUCGACGCUGCAACCAUCUGAGCAUCGUAAGUCUUUGGGAGACCACACUGCCAGCUGCCUUUCGUCAGGUACACAAGGACUUUCGUGAAAGUUUUGACUGGCUCUUGGUUGUGUAUUUGGAUUCCUAUGUGAUUUUGGAGAAUCUUCGCUUUAUGCUGGCACAUUAUUCGUCCAAAAAAGCUAUAUAUUUCAGCGCCCAGCACUCUUUCUAUAUAUACGCACAUGUUGGCCAGGUGGAUACCACGGAUUAUAUAUUUAGUCGAGAGGCUUUGGAGCAACUUGUCACAAGGAAUUGUCUUAAGGACGAUGUCUACAUGGAGGAGUGCUUGAGAAGAGUAGAGAAGGGACCCAGCCUGGGUCUUCAGCCCUUUACAGUUUCGGGCAACGUGGUGCCCUUUACUUUGCGCAAAGAGUUUUGGUUGUGGCCGUGCAUAUACCGCUUUGUGUAUGAAAACCAGAGUAGGGAGGAGUGUUACGCGCAGAGUGUAGUAUACCCUUUUGUCAGUGGCAAGCAGAUGAACAUCCUGGAAUUUUUUCUCUACCAUCUGCGAGCCUAUGGCCAUGUCAACGGAUUACAAGAACUAAAGUCAGAGCAUUUUCCCUUAAGGAUAGCUGCUAGGCCGCAUAAUAAUAAAGUGGCCAGUCACCUUUACGGUUCCGUAAGGAUCCUCUGUUUGGUGUUGACCUGGUCGAAGAAUUACAUGAAAGGAAUGAAAGCCAUCAGUGAGACCUGGGGACGUCAUUGCAACCGGGUGAUCUACUACAGUAACUCUUCAAGGAUCAACAUGGCCGGAGUGGAGACUGUGGCUCUGAAUAUCAGUGACAGCUACGAUACACUCUGGGGCAAGACCAGGGCUGCGUUUCACCAUGCCUACAUGCAUUAUCACUCCGAGUUCGAUUGGUUCUACAAGGCCGAUGACGACACCUAUGCCAUUAUAGAGAAUAUGCGCUACUUUCUAAAGCCCUACUCACCUGAAGCGAAGAUUUAUUUUGGAUCCACAUUUGGUAAAGAGGAUAGCAUUUACAUGUCCGGAGGAGCAGGUUACGUCCUCAGCCGGAAAGCAGUAAGGAUCUUCGUGAAAUAUGGAAUCAAAAGAAAGAUAUGUUAUUCGGAUGUCCAUGGCACUGAGGACUAUGAGAUGGGAAAGUGUCUCAGUAUGUUGAAUGUAACUGCCGGUGAUUCCAGAGACAUCUAUGGGCGCCAUCGAUUCUUUUCCCUCUCCCUCGGACACUUUAUAAUACCUGGCUAUGAUGAUCAAAGCUUUUGGCUGAAAAACUACCUACAUCAUGAAUUUAGUUCGGGUAUGGAAUGCUGUUCAACUUAUUCAAUAUCGAUGCACUAUAUAUCCCACCAUGAGAUGUAUUUUCUGGAAACAAUUUUAUACAAGUCGCGACCGUAUGGGAUUGUAAAUGGACAUCCUCCAUCAAGAACAUCGAGAUUAGCAACCAUUAAAUUGUGAGACUACUAGUAUUAUUUAGCUCCAAUAAUAAAUACAAAUCUAGAUAGUUUAAAAUAAUUAAA